AUUCUAUUGAGUUCUCUGCACUCUUAAAAGCAUUAAGAACAAUGGCUUUGUUAAAGCACUUGGCACUUCCUCUGGACUGAAAGACUGAACGACCCUGGACUGUUAAUGUAUUGUUAUGAUUUGACAAUAAUGACAAUUGUUAUUGGUUUUUCAAGCAUUCAAUAAAAAAAAUAAAAAAAUAAAAUAAAAACAUUUGCUGAACAUGCUUUCAUUUAUUUCGGCAUUGUGGUCAUGUAAGGAGACACUGGAUUUGACUGUUUUUAUAAGUCCCGACUCCAUCUUUUCUCUGUGUCUAGAAAAUGUUUUAUUUAGUUUUAUUUGUCACCAAAAAUAAAACAUAAGAGUAUUAAAUUAUUAAUUGUAUUUUAUUUUCGCCAAACAUUAUAUAAACAAAUGGAAAUAUAGUAAAUCCAAACCCUUGUAUUUGAUUCUUGAACUAGAGCUUAAAAUAUAUCAAAAGCUAAUCUAUUCAACAAAUAGCCUAUAGAAAUAAUUGACUUUGUUUUUAAAGCAUCCUUUUAAAAACUGCAUUUAAGAGAAAACAUUUGAACAAAAAUCUGUCUUGCGCCUCAAUCUAAAGGGCUGAAUAUGUUCCUUGACAUUAGGUGGCGCUGUGCGAUUGUGCAGUUGAUUUGCAACGGGCCUAUAAACACACUGAAGAAGAAAUCAGCUGCUAUGUAGGGCUGUAAACAGGAAACAUGCUUAAAUUAAGAUAAAAAAUACAUAACUAACUUGAAACAACAUAUGGUUAAGUUUUGUUAGGAAUAUUUUCUAUUUUUCAUUUUUAUAAUUUGCGACGCUAAUUUGACUAGUUGUAGCUAUUUCAUACAUUAAAUGAGGAAGUUAUUUUUUGCUUUCCGCUACAUUUCUAAGUAGUGUUUACAUAACCUGAGAUAUAUAUAUAUAUAUAUAUACAGUACUACUAAACGCACGUUAAGGUGUUCUGAACUUUAGCAGGCUUCUUUAUUAUCAUGGCUUCUUCGUUUAAAAUCGGAGAGAGAUUUCGGGAGAAGGCGAGAGAUUUGCUGGAGGAAGAACCCUCCGCCGCCGUGUCAGAAGAGCUGAAGGAAGAAUUGAAGGCUCUGACAGAUCAGUCCAUCAUACCAUUCAAGACUGUGAGAAAACUACACAAGCUUCUUCGAGAAAAUGGGCAUCCAGUGUAUCUUCAUGAACUGUUUGAGGACAGCACACUUCAUCUUCCAGAAGUUAUCGCACCUCCAAGGAACCCCCAGUUGGUGGCCCGCUUAGAAAAAAUUAAAGCAAAACUUGCCAAUGAAGAAUAUAAGAGAAUAACACGGAAUGUAAAUCCACAGGAAAUGAAUCAUCAUGGAACUUUAGCAGAUUUUGGACGACAAGUGCGUUCCGUGAAGGCAGUUGUUGUUACUGUAUUCAACUUCCUGGUGACUGUAGUUGCAGCAUUUGCCUGUUCAUAUCUGGGCAGCCAGUAUAUCUUCACUGAGACUACAGCGAGAGUAAUAGCUGCAGUGAUUGCAGCAUCUGUUGUUGGUCUUGCUGAGCUUUAUGUUCUGGUCCGAACUAUGGAGGGAGAACUUGGAGAGCCCUGAUACCAACUAAAAUGAUCCAAUAUUGCAAUAUUU